AUGGCUGUACUGUUCUUACUGUGUGUCUCAAUACAUGUUUCUAAAUCAGCACAUAGGCUGAAUCAAGUCCACCUCGCUCCAUUUAUCUCUAAUGCAAAAUUCGAUGUAAACCUAGUCAAACUACGCUUAGAGAACAAACAACGAGACAUCCAUGUUCAGACCAAGAGAACACAAGGAACAAUGUGCAAGAACUAUCAAAUUGUAGCAGUCAAUUUUCUCCAGAACAGAAUUAAACAAAACAGAAAGAACAAAAACAAGCAUAAGGCAACCAAUAGCCAAGGUCAGUAUAUAAAUUCAAUGUAUGCUUAA